UGAUCCUUAACGGAAACAAUAAUAAAGUAGCCUCACCCAAGGAGGUUCACACAACCAUUUCUUUAACCAAUGUAAUUUCCCUUUGGUAUAUCAAAUUUUCCAUACGGUAUACAGUAAUGAUGUUAAAAACUACAUAUUUCCUGAAUCUCAUUAUGUUGCUUAGUCAUAUAUACUGUAUUCAAAAUGGUUUUGCGGCCAAUAUACACUUGACAAUUAAAAAUGUUAGGUCAGCUUUUUCCAAUUACAACUUGUACCAAUGUUACCCAAGUGAAAUUGACACAACAAUAACCUUUGGAAAGGUAUUCAAUAUAUCUAGUAAUGAUUCACUUACUGAAGUAUCUGGGGUAAAUGUCGGAGGUUGUAUUGGUGCUAAGGCUGCAGAAAUACCCUUUGAUGGAGGCUUUUUUGGAGUAUACUACUGCAAAGGUGUUGUUAAUGGUGAAACAGCCAUUGUGAAAACUACAAUUGUGGAUCAAAAGGACAAUUUUAAUUGUGAGUAUGAAGUAUAA